GGAGCGAGGGAGGCGAGCGGUUCAGUAGGGCGCUAGGAGCGAGUGGAGGAGCCGAGCCGAGCAGCGCCAGUGUGUGUGUGACGGUGGUGAUGUUAACACGCCUGGUGAAUGUGCACCUGCCCUCUGCCACCAGAGUGGUGGAUGCGUGGCACAGGCUUGGCAGUCAUGUUGUGGGUGCCAAUACGAAAGACACAUUCAAGAAGAGCAGUGGAAGCGGCAGCAGGUGGCGGGGCCUGAUCAAGAUGCCGAGAAAGCCACGUCUUCCCGCCCUGCUCGCCUACCUCUUCCUGCUCACCCUGGGCCUCCUGCUGUAUGUAUCCGCUAGGGGCACACAGCAGGGGCCCGAGGGGGGAGCCGAGGCACCGUCCUGGGACGCUGCCGUGGCGGAGGAGGCCAGGGGGCGGGAGGGGGACGCGGCGGGGGGGAAGGGUGUCAAGAGGAGGGGGCGGGGCAAGGACGGCGCCGUGAACCCCCAUGACUUCCACAUGAUGAUCAACAAGGCGAACCUCUGCACCAACGACCAGAAGGUGUGGCUGCUGGUGGUGGUGAGCUCCGCGGUCCCAAAUUUCCUGCGGCGGCGCGCCAUCCGUGACACCUGGGGCAGCGCCUCGGCCCUGGCGCCCUCCAACGCCAAGCUGGUGUUCCUGCUGGCCAACCCCCACAACGACGCCCUCCAGACCCAGGUGGUGGAGGAGUCUAGGACCUACGGGGACAUCCUACAGGAGGACUUCACGGACUCCUACAUGAACCUGACCCUGAAGAGCGUGAUGGGCCUCAAGUGGACGGCGACGCACUGCCAGCAAGCCCAGUACCUGCUGAAGACCGACGACGACAUCUUCGUCAACGUGCCUACCCUGCUGACCUACCUGCAGGAGGCCGGCAAGACGCGCUGGAUCACAGGCUGUAUCAAGCAGAAGAAGGCGUUCCGGCCCGUCAAUGCUGUACCUGGCAUGCCCCUGCCCCCCGCCCACCCCCCGUUUGUGGCUGGCGCAGGCUACGUCGUGUCUGGGGACUUGAUACGUGAGCUGUACGAGGCUUCCCUGUCCACGCGUCCCAUACCUGUCGAAGACGUGUACGUGACGGCGCACCUGGCCAAGAAGGUCAACGCCCACCCGCCCACCCACGACGCGCGCUUCACCUGCGGGGAGCGGGUCACCGACGACUGUGACCUCGCCCAGGCCUUCACGGGGCACCACAUCGGCCCGGAGAGGAUGUACAGAGUGUGGGAGAAGCUCAACCCCAACGGCGUCACCAGCCCGUGUUUUGACUUCUGAGGGAGCGACGUGUGAUGGGGCCAGGUGGCGGGGGUCGGCUAGGGGUGAGAAGGAAGGAAUGGGUGGUGUUUUUUUUGCUCUUGUUCUUGUUCUUUUCUCCUUUGCUCUCACUUCGUUGGGAAAAAUGGCGGAAAGUGGUUUAAUAUUCCUCUUGUUCUUGUUCUUUUAUACUUUCGUUUUUCUUCCUUCUCUUGUUCUUCUUUCUUUUCCUUCCUCUUUUUUCUUUUUGUUCAUAAUCUUCGUUUUUCUUCUUCUUCUUGUUCUUUUUGUUCUAGUUCUUUUUCCUUUUCUUUUCUACUACGUACUUCUUCUUCAUCUUCUUUUUCUUCUUCUUCUUCUUCUUCUUUUCCUGUGUUCUCUUUUCUUCUUUUUCCUCCCUCCUCUUCCUCCCCUUCUUCUGAGCUUGCUUCAAUAAGAAAGAACGGAGGGGAUUAGGGCGUUAGAUUACUACUGGGGAGCGGUAUUGGGGACCAGGUGGGGAUUAGGGUGGGGUGUGACGUUGACUUCUUAUUGGGGAUUGAUGAUUCAGUGCUUCCUAUUGGUGGGGAGGGCUGGAGGUGGUUGGAAUGUUAGUCUUUGUACUGGUAGGGAUUUGGGGAUUUUUUUCUGAAAUGGGGGAUUAAUUGGUUGGGGGUUAAGGAUCCUCUGGGGUUGUGAUUGGGGACAGAUUUGGGGGGUUGGGGUUGUUAGUCUUUGGGUUGGUGGGGAUUUGGGGUAUUUUUCCUUAAGUGGGAGAGUUAACUGGUAGAGGGUUGGGGUUCCUUGGGGUUGUGACUGGGGACUGCUUGAGAGGUUUGGGGAUGUUAAAACUUUAGACUGGAAAGGAUUUGGGGGAUCUUUUUUUCUUUUUUUUCUUCUUUUUUUUACUAUUGGGAGGGGUAACUUGCUGGGGGAGGGUUAGGGACUCUGGGGUUGUGACUGGGGACUGCUUGAUGGGGUUGUGUUGUCUGCAAGCUUUCCCUUUAUUAUUAUUAUUAUUACAACCGUAUUAUUAUUACUAUUAUUAUUAUUAUUAUUAUUAUUAUUAUUUUCAUUGUAGUUUAUGUGUACGAUCUCUUGCAUGCUUUACACACACAACGUAUCGUAUUGCUAAUGACUGUAUACGAUUUACUGCACAUAUAUAUUUUUUGUAUUUUGGCACACACACGUAAACGUUAACUAACCAUCCCCGUACCGCCGCGGCACACGAGCGUUUUUUUGUGUUUCUGGCACCAGCGAAUUUUGGUACUCUCGCCAGGCUCAAGGUUAGGCGUCCAUUUCUCACGGGUAUAUAUAGAUAGACGUCUCGUUAGAUAAAUAUAGAUAGACGGAUAUGGAUAUUGAACAUAGUAAGUAGUGUUGCGGGCCUUCUUUACCGUUUUUUUUGUUUACCCUUGCCUGCUGCUACUGACGGAAAAAUAUACACAGACUAAUUUAAAAUGUCUGUCUAUCUAUAUAUUAAGCUAUAGCUAAUCCUGUCUAUUCAUGUAUGUGAGGACUGGUUGCAUGAUUUGAGUCUGGCGCCAGCAUAAAAAAAAAUCACCAAUGUGCGGGACCUUAUACCUAAAACAGGAAGGAAAAGCAAAAGAGAAGUGUAUGUGAAUAAUCUAGUCAUAACACACACACACACACACACACACACACACACACACACACACACACACACACUUUUACCUAACUUUAAACCACGUAAAUUCAUGUAUAGGUACGUAUAAGGAUUUACUUUCAACUUCAAUCCACAUUUUCACAGCAUUGAUCACCAUAGUUCUAUAUCGUUAUCUUUUUUUUUCGUGUCUUAUCUGUUCACUCACUGGUUGUAUGUACUGACGGCUGUAUGAGAGAGGAAGAAAUAUGGGAAAUAUAUAUUGGAUACAAAAUAUG